GUUUUUCGGCUCGCUGGGCGAUAUGGAAAAGGCUCUGGCUGCAAUAUUUGCAGCGUGCGUGCUGCUGUCUUGUCUCGACGGGUGGGCGGUGCGGGGAGAAGGAGACUCGGGCGAUGGCGAGCGGCGGACUGCGGCGAAGGUUUCGUUCCUGCAGUCGCAACGUGUGGCGGAGUGGUUCGACGACAGCGCUCGAGACGCUCUGCUGGCUGCCCAGCUAGCACUCAGGGACCUCGCCACUGCAGGAGCUACCUCGGGGGACUCCUCUCCCGACCCGGAGCUGGUGGCAUAUGAUAAGGACGACUUGUUAGGAGUCAACGGUUCCGUGGUUGCCGUAGUGAGUGCAGUGUGCACUAACGAGACUUGCCACGCCCACUCUCAGUCAUCACACGGGAUUCCAGUAAUCUCAGUUUCUCCGUCAUGUCUUGGAGAACGCCGGUACGUGAACUCCACCACGAGUGACCAAAACUCCAUGACCCAGCCCUCCGCCCCGCUCUGCAUGAUCCCGUCUCUCUCCCACCUUCCUCGCGGCACUGCAGCUCUCAUCUCCAGCUACGGCUGGGUCCGGGUGGCUGUACUGACUGAACUGGAGAGCCAGCUGGUUAUGGAUCCUGUUGAGUUGUACCAGGAGCUGGUGGAUGCUGGCAUCACAGACAUCAUGGAGAUGCCCCUCUCUCCCAACUCAUCCCUCUCUGAUGCCCUGCAUCGCGACUACCGUAUCGUGAUACUGAACUCUUCACCAGUUCUGUCAAGACUUGUCUUGUGUGAGGCUGUUCGAAGAAACCUCAACAGAUAUGUUUGGAUCACACCCGGAUGGUAUCCCCGUGGGUGGUGGAGUAACGAAGGAGGUGCCCCUGUCGGUGACUCCCAAUCAUCACAACCGCCCUCGAGCUGCUCAGACAGCAACCUGGAGCAGUUUAUAGGGAACGGAAGAAGAGUACUAUCGAUUCUGCAGAGCCCUCCUUACACCAGCAACAGCUCAAGAUCGAUGGAGUUCCAGCAGAAGUGUCUGGAGAGUGGUCUGAAGGACUGUGUGUAUGCUAGCCUGGCAUACGAUGCAGUGUGGGCCAUUGCAGAGGCACUCGCUGAGACUGGAGACCUCCGUGCAGCUCUGGGAAACUCCACGUUUGACGGAGUUUCAGGUUCAGUGAAGUUUGAUUCUCAAUCUUACCGUGUGUUGGGUGGUUACAGACUGGGGCAGAUGAGGCUCACAUCAGACGAUGGUGGUCUAGAGAGUGUUCCAGUGGCCACUCUGACAGAAGAAGGCUCCAGUGCAGGACUGGUUCUCUCCUACCUCCCUGGAGAGUCAGAGCUCACGGUGUGGGGCGAAGGGGGGCCCCCUCCUGACGGUUCCCCGCUGACUGAACUCAAACACCCCCUCACCUCCCUCGUUGUCAUCUGCUCCGUUCUCUCUGGUGCCGUCAUUAUCUGGGCCAUCGGCUGCAUCCUCUUCAACCUCUACUUCAGGAAGAAGAAGAUAAUCAAACUGACCAGCCCGACUCUGAAUAUGAUGAUAGCAGUCGGAAUCAUUCUAACAAACAUGUCCACACCACUAACAAUGUACCCAGGUCUACCUGGUCUUGAGGAGGCCCUGCCCACCGUGUGCAUUCUGAGGUCGUGGUUGCUGCCCAUUGGGUGGUCUCUCAGUCUCUGCACCAUCUCUGUCAAGAUGUGGAGGGUGUUCGUCAUCUACCGCACCACCAAGAGACUCAAAUCACUCAAGGAAAAGAGGAUGAGGAUAUUUCUUCAAGAUAGUUUCAUGGUGGCAGUGGUCCUGUGUAUGGUGGUGGUGGACGUCAUUGUACUGAUCAUAGGGACAUCCCUGCCCCAGACACGCUUCACUCCGCAGCGCGUGCCCGACAGGGAAUUCCCCCCCUAUCGGAAUAGCGAGGAUGUGGAGGUUGUAUACGAGAACCUUCAGUGUGUGACGGAUAAGGGGCUCAUCUGGGUGGCCUUCCUCUUUGGCUACAAGAUCAUCUUCCUCAUCAGCGGUGUCGUUCUCGCCGUCCUCUCUCGCAAGGUGAAAGUGAAAGGGCUGAACGAGUCGCGAGAGGUCCAGGUGACCAUGAUUAUCUCGACCCCCAUCGUUAUUACGGGGCUGGUGUUGCGACUACUCCUCUCAGACUACCUCAACGUGGUGGGGACAUUGUAUGCCCUCAGUGGCUCCCUCUACGGAGGACUCAUUCUGGGAAUCAUAUUCUUGCCUAAGAUGGUGUAUCUGUGCAAGAACCCGUCAGGAGACCAGAUAUAUUCCUCAAAAAUUGGCAAGACCCAGUCACAAAUAUCAAGAGACCGGUCUGCAACCAGCACCAGUGUCGUGGCCUUUGACCCCGCACUAUCUCUCAAACCACUCAUCCGAAAGAGCUCGGUGGAGAGUGGACUUGGUUCCUCGGUGGCAGAGGAGGAGGGAAAGUUCUCAGAGAAGGACUGUAAGAACACUGCCGUCCCCAGUCAUAUCCUACCCACAAUUGAGGAGGCAGCGUGCAGCAAUGGUACGACACCUGGUAUCAGUGACUUUAACUAUUCCGAGGAAGUGGGUGUGGUUACAUCUCCUGGUGGCAGUAGCUCACACCCUCGGAUGGAUUCAACCAGAGAGGAGGAACAAGAAGGGGCGGAGUCACAGAGCCAAUUAUAGCACCGCUGUUUUAUUAUACAAUCAGAUGUGAAUCACAAAUCAUGAUUUAACUCUAGGCACAAACAAGUGUGGUUUGAGUGUUUUAUAUUUCAAUAGUUGGUGUGAUGUAAUAAUGACGUAAUUGUUUCAGGAAACAAUGACGUAAUCGCCUCAGGAGCAAUCAGUGUCGACAAUGGUAGGGGCGUACUCAUCAGGCUCGGAGGAGAAGUCCCAGUUGUACUGCUUUGUGAGGUUGUCUCGAAACUGGAGGCCUUUCUUCACCAGUCGUGAGUCCAGGGAGCUGCCUUGCUCCAGACAGGCAAAGAAAACCUGUAAUGUGGUGGUGAGAAAGUUGCUUCGAGAGACAAUGUCGACAAAGAAAUCGUCUGGUAUCUCUUUCAGCUGGAAAUGUAGCACGGUGAUAAAGUUGGUGAAGAGCUCAGUCUGGUCAGAGAGAGCACUCUCACUCAUACACAGCAGCCUCACCAGCUCCUUCCAGUGCUCAAAUGCAUCCUAACCAUGAGCCAGGAAAAAGCAGAGAAAAGCCAACUGUAGCUCCCCCAGCAGGUCUAGUGGGUGUGGUUUGAGGUCAUUAACGACUGGAGAGUGUAGCUGAGGUCCAUGCAAUGGUGGCUGAUCUCAGAGGGGGAAGCCCCCACCGGGUGCCGCUGCCUCGGUACCUCUGAAAACCUACCACACACGACCACAAAGUGUACUAUUGUAUGUGCCUAUUGUCAUUUCAUUGUGUUGGAAGGUUCAUUCUCAAUAUGCAAAUGUACUGAAGUUUACCUCAGUGCUGUCUCUGGUUUCGACUUGAAGAGUGGUAAAUCUGUUCUCCUCUUCUGAGAGGUACUGUCUACACUUGGUUCAAAGUCACCCACCCCGGCAAAUCUUCCACCUCCAUACCCCCUCCCUUCUCUUUCUCCUUCCAUCUCUCCAGUUACUUCCCUCUCUCC